ACGUACACAACGUUGUACCUUGUACUUGUCAUGGGUCAAUCGUGCUGCUGAUAUUAUAUUUUAUGAGUCAUAUAUGUCAUGAGUACCGCAUACCAAUAACUAACUGGUUCCCGACUUGUAACUAAAAAUAUCAAUUAUUCAAAAUUUCCCCAUUCAUUUUCCCAUUCACACAUUUCCGGGAAAACGAGGGGAGUGGCUUGGUGACGUUUUCACUUACAAGCUCUUCAGUCCGCCUACUUAUGGAAUCAUUCGACAGUGGUAUGGUCUUCAGUUUAUCCGCAGCAGAUUGAUCCAGCGCCUCUCUGACCAUGUCAAGGGCUCCAGGUAAGAUAAGGUCUUCUGCAAUGGUGUGGGGCUUCUGGGACUUUGCAAUACGGAGCCGGAGCUAGGUACACUGCGGACUGGGACAGUCUUGAUUCGAGACCGCUGCCAACCUGGUAUGAUGAAGCCAAAUUUGGGAUUUUGAUGCAUUGGGGAGUUUACGCGGUGCCCGGAUUCGAGAAUGAAUGGUUUUGGUACCACUGGAAAAACAAUGCGAGACCGCAUGUGAAAUUCAUGAAGAAAAACUACCCUCCAGGAUUCACUUACCGACAGUUUGCUUCUGACUUCCGUGCACAGUUUUUCGAUCCAGACCAAUGGGCUAAACUCUUCGAGGCUUCGGGUGCCAAGUAUGUGGUUCUAACGUCCAAGCACCAUGAUGGCUUCACGAUGUGGGGCUCCCCACACUCCUCGAACUGGAACUCUGUGGACACGGGUCCUCACAGGGACCUGGUGGAGGACCUGGGAGUCGCUGUACGAAAAAGGUCCCUACGCUAUGGCAUAUAUUACUCCCUAUAUGAAUGGUUCCACCCUCUUUACCUGUCUGAUAAAAAAUCGGACUUUAACACACAGGAGUUUGUAUUCAGCAAGCUUCUACCAGAACUUCGUGACCUUGUUACCAGGUACAAGCCAGACCUGAUACGGUCAAAUGGGGACUGGGAAGCACCAGACUCUUACUGGAAUUCCACUGAGUUCCUGGCCUGGCUCUACAAUGACAGCCCUGUCAAGGAUUCGGUGGUAACCAAUGAUAGCUGGGGGGCCGGCUGCGGUGGCAAGCAUGGAGGAUUCUACAGCGAUCGGCAUUACUGGGGACCGCUGCCCAAACACAAGUGGGAGCUUCUCACCUCUGUGGACACCUACUCCUGGGGCUAUCGGAGGACUAUGAGGCUGAAGGAGCUCCAGGACCUGCCCAGUAUUAUACAGGACCUGGUUCGCACUGUGGCCUUCGGGGGAAACUACGUGCUGAACGUGGGCCCCACAGCAGAGGGGACAAUCCCGCCGGUGUUCGAGGAGCGCUUGCGGGGUUUGGGCGACUGGCUGAAGGUCAAUGGGGAGGCGGUGUACGCUUCCCGGCCAUGGAGGGUGCAGAGUGAGAACUCCACCCAGACCGUGUGGUAUACCUCAAAGGGCUCCCAAGUUUACGCUUUCCUCCUUGUCCGACCGUCAGAAUCCUGGCUGAAGUUAUCCGAGCCAAUAACGUCGCCCUCUACAAAGGUGACAUUAUUGGGGUACUCUGGACAGCUGAGCUGGUCUGCCCUGCAGCACAGUGGCCUGAAGGUGGAGCUGCCUCUCGAGCCUUUUGUGAACGACUACGGGUGGACGCUGAGGCUCGAUGGCGUCCAAUGAACUGCCCUACAAAGCCUAAAUGCAGUAACUACGCAAAGGAUAAAACUGAGAAAAAUGGCUUUAAAGUAUUUUAACUAGCCAACUAAAUGGGUUAUAGGUAUAUCAGUGAUAUUGCACUAAUUGUACAUGUAUUCAUGAGGUAAUUUUUAUGCCCAAAAACCAUGAUGCUGAUUUGACCUUUGACCACAAAAAUGUAGUUACUGCACUCUGCCUUUGCAUUGCCUUAAAUGGUUCUAAGAGCAAUACAAAAGCAAAGUGCAGUAACUACAAUGUUCUCAGCUUUUAUAUUGUGUUUUCAGUGAACAAAAACUUUUGACACUGAUUU